AUGACUUUGAUUAUUAGAUGUGUUGAUGUUGCAAAUGUUCCAAUAAAAGUAGAAGAGUUUUUUUUAGAGUUUUUAAUGGUAGAAGAUACAUCCGGUUUAGGACUUUUUAAUGUUUUACAAAAUGCUUUAAAAUCUCUUGACUUGGAUAUUAAUUGUAUUCGAGGACAAGGAUAUGAUAAUGGAGCAAAUAUGAAAGGCAAACAUCAAGGUGUACAAAAAAGAUUGCUUGAUAUAAACUCAAGAGCUUUUGAUAUGCCUUGUGGAUGUCAUAGUUUAAAUUUAGUUUUGUGUGAUAUGGCAAACUCUUGUCAUAAAGCUAAAACAUUUUUUGGUACUUGUCAAACAAUAUAUAAUGUUUUUUCUAGCUCCACACAUAGAUGGAGUGUUUUACUUGACCAUGUAGAUGAGUUAACCCUAAAAUCAUUGUCUACUACUCGUUGGGAAAGUCACAUUGAAAGUGUUAAAGCAAUAAAAACUCAACUUUUUCAAAUAAAAGAAGCAUUAACAAAAUUAGCUCAAGUGAGUGAUGAUGGUAAGGUUUGUAGAGAUGCGGAAUCAUUAGUAGAUGAAUUAAUUUGGGAAAAUGGGUUUGACACUGCUAUUAAUGAGGCUAAAAACAUAGCAGAAAAUAUUGGAGUUGAACCAAAAUUUCCUAUCAAACGUGUUUAUAGUAGAAAAAAACAAUUUGAUGAAGUUCCAAAUACCGAAAGAGAACAACAAUCAUCUCAAGAAAAAUUUAGAACUGAUUAUUUUAUUAAACUUGAAACUAGUUUGACAAAUGGUGAGGAACUUGAUAUUGAUGGAAAAAAUUUAUUUAUUGAGUUACAAGUUUUGCAGGAAAUGUUGCCGGAUGAAGCAUAUAAAGGUGAACUUCCUUGGACAGCUAUUCAAAUUAUGGAGUUUGCAAAGGAGAUGGACAUGUUUCCCAAUGUGUUGGUGGCAUAUAAGAUUUUGUUGACGGUACCGGUCACAGUUGCUUUUGCGGAAAGAAGUUUUUCGAAAUUGAAGUUAUUGAAGUCAUAUCUUCGAAGUACCAUAACUCAAGAAAGAUUAAAUGGAUUAGCAAUUUUGAGUAUUGAAAGUCAAUUCCUACGAAGUGUUGAUUAUGAUAAAAUAAUAGAUGUUUUUGCUUCAAAAAAUGCAAGGAGGCAUCGUUUUAGAUGA